UGGUUGUUGUUGGACAGCACACUUUCACAACUACAUGAAGACGAUGAUGCGUCUAAAAUCACUUGCUUUCUCUUCUGUUUUGUGGCUGUUUUGUGCCAUCUCGGGGCAAGCACAACAGGCGGAAGAAACAGUUUACUGUCCAUACCCCGGCACCAUCAGAAAUGGAAUAAUCCUCCUGGUAGGCGUCAUUGGAAAAUACGAAUACCGUCCCUACGUCAGACGCAUCGGUCAAGGACAAGCGAUCGAGUACCAAUGUACGACUGGGUAUCGCCUUAGGGGGCCUACUAAUGCUACAUGUUUAGAUGGUAGGUGGAGCCAAGAUAUCAAGCCGGAAUGCGAAUCGGUUUACUGUCCAUACCCCGGCACCAUCAGAAAUGGAAAAAUCCUCCUGGUAGGCGUCGUUGGAAAAUACGAAUACCGUCCCUACGUCAGACGCAUCGGUCAAGGACAAGCGAUCGAGUACCAAUGUACGACUGGGUAUCGCCUUAGGGGGCCUACUAAUGCUACAUGUUUAGAUGGUAGGUGGAGCCAAGAUAUCAAGCCGGAAUGCGAAUCGGUUUACUGUCCAUACCCCGGCACCAUCAGAAAUGGAAAAAUCCUCCUGGUAGGCGUCAUUGGAAAAUACGAAUACCGUCCCUACGUCAGACACAUCGGUCAAGGACAAGCGAUCGAGUUCCAAUGUACGGCUGGGUAUCGCCUUAGGGGGCCUACUAAUGCUACAUGUUUAGAUGGUAGGUGGAGCCAAGAUAUCAAGCCGGAAUGCGAAUCGGUUUACUGUCCAUACCCCGGCACCAUCAGAAAUGGAAAAAUCCUCCUGGUAGGCGUCAUUGGAAAAUACGAAUACCGUCCCUACGUCAUACGCAUCGGUCAAGGACAAGCGAUCGAGUACCAAUGUACGGCUGGGUAUCGCCUUAGGGGGCCUACUAAUGCUACGUGUUUAGAUGGUAGGUGGAGUCCAGAUAUCAUGCCGGAAUGCGAAUCGGUUUACUGUCCAUACCCCGGCACCAUCGGAAAUGGAAAAAUCCUCCUGGUAGGCGUCAUUGGAAAAUACGAAUACCGUCCCUACGUCAGACGCAUCGGUCAAGGACAAGCGAUCGAGUACCAAUGUACGACUGGGUAUCGCCUUAGGGGGCCUACUAAUGCUACAUGUUUAGAUGGUAGGUGGAGCCAAGAUAUCAAGCCGGAAUGCGAAUCGGUUUACUGUCCAUACCCCGGCACCAUCAGAAAUGGAAAAAUCCUCCUGGUAGGCGUCAUUGGAAAAUACGAAUACCGUCCCUACGUCAUACGCAUCGGUCAAGGACAAGCGAUCGAGUACCAAUGUACGACUGGGUAUCGCCUUAGGGGGCCUACUAAUGCUACAUGUUUAGAUGGUAGGUGGAGUCCAGAUAUCAAGCCGGAAUGCGAAUCGGUUUACUGUCCAUACCCCGGCACCAUCAGAAAUGGAAUAAUCCUCCUGGUGGGCGUCAUUGGAAAAUACGAAUACCGUCCCUACAUCAGACACAUCGGUCAAGGACAAGCGAUCGAGUUCCAAUGUACGGCUGGGUAUCGUAAAGACGGGCCCCUUAACGCCACGUGCUUAAAUGGAGUUUGGAGACCGGACAUCAAGCCACAAUGUGUCGAGGAUGCAGAAUCUGAUGUUCUGAAUUAGACUCGAAUGUCAAAUGUUGCGACUGUCAUGUUCCUUUUCAGGCCUUCAUGUCAGGCUCUAAAUCCUUUUUUCUGCAUUUAACCGGAGUACGUUCAUAGCGCAGGGAACCCACUACGCCCCCGAACAGGCAAGAACUUCCGCAAUGGAUGAGGCGGGACAAAGUGGGAAAAUGUUGAUAAGGAACGUAUGUCACGAAAAAGAGCGGAAGCUGUGCUAUGAUGAUCGUUCUUCCUGUGAGUACAUUCGCACAGUACAUGACAGUCCACGGUGAGGCGGAAAUGUGGCAAUGUACGCUAUUGUGCAAUGCAUUGGCUUAGAGUUUUGUGUUCCAGUAUGAUUUUAAUACUUUUUUAGCUUCACAUCUAUGUAUCCGGGAUCGAUGAUUUUGCCGCAUAUCUCUUAUGAAAUUUUUAGGUUGUGUGCCAAAUCUAUAGAGUUGUUUCCGACACAAAAAAUACUCUUAUACUAUUGCAUGUAGGUUUUAAAAGUUUGUGAGUUAUAUUGCAUAAUAUUGUUCCCAGACUAAAUUUUGAAAGAUUUCAGUGAGAAAGAUUGUUCAUUGUGUAAUUUAUGGAAGUGUACUUUUGUGUCGGACGAAAUUCGCUAUGAGACAUAACCCCGGUAGUGUUUGUUCUCCCAAAUAUUCCUAAACGCCGUCUUAGCUAUAACUGAUAUAUAAAAUCCCUUGAUAUGGUAUUCCAGAUAAGGACUGUUUACAAUAGGCCUACAAAAUAAUCUUUUUUUAAAUAAUGCCUUGUGCAAAUGAUAUUGUCCAAUUGGCCAUCACGAGAUGACAAGAUAAUAUAGAAUUAUGCAAUUCACACAAAUGACCUUUGAUUAACCUUUAUAAACGCAAAAUAAUCAGUAAAGCAGCCUUAACAUUGGACUUAGACGGUUGUGACUAUCGAGUUCACCUCCGCAUAUCAUAAAGACAGAAUCG